UUUUAUGUAAUUUAUAACCUAUAACUAAGGACUAAAUAUAGGAUGAGUUGGAGCACCCCAGACCCUGCCAGAGAGUUAUUGCAGAGUUAAAUGAUGGAUGGUUGUAUGGAUGGACUGGAGGUACCCCUCAUUUAAUUAGGAUGGGGAUUGGGAUGUGAGAGAGAAAGGAAAGCGCGUGUGACAGUUGUGAGGGCGAGAGAGAUAUGGCGAGGAAAGCAGUUUUGAUCGGAAUCAACUAUCCCGGCACCAAAGCCGAGCUCAAAGGCUGCGUCAAUGACGUCCACAAAAUGCAUCGCUGCCUCAUCGAUCGUUACGGCUUCUCCGAGGAGGACAUCGCCGUCCUCAUCGACACCGACGAUUCAUAUCCGCAGCCCACCGGCCGGAAUAUUCGCAGAGCUCUCUCAGGUCUGGUCCGAGCCGCCCGUCCCGGAGACUACCUUUUCGUCCACUACAGCGGCCAUGGCACUCGCCUCCCGGCCGAGACCGGCGAGGAGGACGACACUGGCUACGAUGAGUGUAUCGUCCCUAGUGAUUUCAACCUCAUCACCGAUGAUGAUUUCAGAGAACUGGUGGACAGCUUGCCAGAAGGCAGCCGAAUAACAGUGGUAUCUGACUCAUGCCAUAGUGGUGGGCUUAUUGAUAGAGCCAAGGAGCAGAUUGGAGAGAGCACGCGCAAUAAUGCAGCUGACGAGGAAGAGGUGGAGGAGGAUGGUGGUGGUGGAUCGUCUGGAUUCGGUUUCAAGAAGUUCUUGCGAAAGACUGUCGAAGACGCCUUUGAGUCCCGUGGCAUUCAGGUCCCAUCAGAAUGGCACCGCCAUCAUCAACCCCACGGCGAGAUUGAGAGAACGAUACUGGUCGAUUCGGAAGAUGGGGAUCAACACCAUGUCAAGAGCAGGUCCUUGCCUCUCUCCACCCUUAUUGACAUUCUCAAGCAAAAGACAGGCAAGGAUGACAUUGAUGUGGGCAAGCUCAGGCCAACUCUUUUCGACGUGUUUGGAGAAGAUGCGAGUCCCAAGGUGAAGAAAUUCAUGAAUGUCAUUUUUAAUAAACUGCAGCAUCAAGGCGGUACUACUGGGGAGGAGGGUGGUGGGUUUUUGGGCAUGGUUGGCGGAUUAGCUGUGGAUUUCCUGAAGUGUAAGCUCGACCAAAACGAUGAAACCUAUGUGAAACCAGCUCUGGAAACACCAGUGGGCAGCAAGCAAGAGGUCUAUGCUGGCACAAGCCAAAGGGCUCUCCCAGACAGUGGCAUUCUCAUCAGUGGCUGCCAAACAGACCAGACAUCAGCAGAUGCUACUCCUUCAGGCAAUCCCCACGAGUCCUACGGUGCACUCAGCAAUGCGAUUCAGAGCAUACUCAAUGAAUCAGACCGACCCGUUUCGAACCAAGAGCUCGUUCUUAAGGCGAGGGACAUAUUGAAAAAGAAAGGGUUCACUCAGCGUCCCGGCCUCUACUGCUCCGACCAUCAUGUCGAUGCUCCUUUCGUGUGCUGAUAGUGUUUUAUUCAAUCGCCAUUUCCGUGAGCAUACUCUAUACAUAUACACGAUUAUGAUGCUUUUACAUUCAAAUUAACUAAGCAGUUGGAUACCAUGUGUUCUUCUUCCAGUGUGUUGGUUAAUAAAGCUUAUGUGUACUCAAAUAUGUGUAUGUAUUGGCGCAUGUUGAUUCUUUGUUAAUACUUGAUUGAACCAAAAAGGAAUUGGGAGUAUGUUUAUUGUUCUGUUGAUUCUAUCCCAUAUGCUUUAGUGUGACU